AUGUGGGUUCUUCUUAUUUUAGUAGAAACAGUUUUAGGUGCACCUUUAGCUGACUUAGUCAAAAAUCGGCCAGGACUUCCACCAGACUCUCCUCCCAAUUUCGAUACAUAUUCUGGAUACCUUGAUAUUCCCAAUUCUAACGGAAAAUCAUUACACUAUGUUCUUGUUGAAAGCCAAAAUAACCCAGCAACAGAUCCUUUGCUACUAUGACUUAAUGGAGGUCCAGGCUGCUCUUCAUUAGAUGGCUUUGCCUAUGAGCAUGGCCCUUAUGUAUUUCCUGAUGAGGGCACAACUCUUUUUAAGAAUCAGUGGUCUUGGAAUACCAAUGCCAGCGUCUUAUACCUUGAAUCCCCAGCUGGUGUUGGCUUCUCAAUUUUGGGAGACCCUUCAAAUAAUAGCACCGAUGAUGAAAUUGCUGCUCAUGAUAAUCUUCUUGCCAUUGUCCAAUUUUUCAGAAAGUUUCCUGAGUAUAGAAACCAUGAGUUUUAUAUUUCAGGGGAAAGCUAUGCAGGAAUGUAUUUACCUUACUUAGCCUAUAACAUUCUAAUGUAUAACAACUAUAGUCCUCACAAUAUUAACCUCAAAGGAAUGAUAAUUGGAGGUCCAGCUACUGAUUUUACAUAUGAUUUCACCCCAGCUUUGAUGAAAUUACUCUGAACUCAUGCUCUAAUUGAUUAUAACUGGUAUUAUAAACUAGUAAAUGACUGUGAUAAUUUCAAUGAAUGGGAUGGCGAAGCUUGUGGAAAUGACACAAAUUAUAUACAAACUGAGCUCCUAAGUAACUUGAAUUAUUAUAAUAUUUAUGGGCCUUGCAUAUAUCAAAAUGAUACUAGAGCACAAAAGGAUAACAAUAUUUUCCUCAGAGCUGCAUUAGAUUCAAUGGCUUCUCCAGGAAUUAUUCCACCAUGUGCAGCUUGGGAAGGCGCUUAUGACUAUUUCUUAAAUGAUACAGUAAGAAAAGCAUUCAAUAUCCCAGCGAAUGUCCAGCCUUGGACUUUUUGUAUUUUCCUUGACUAUAUUUCAGAUUAUCAGCAUGGGUCAGUCUUUUUGUAUCCUUUUCUUAUUCGUUCUAGCUUGCGCAUAUGGAUUUAUUCAGGAGAUGCUGAUGGGUCUACACCUUUUAUUGGUACCAGAGAGUGGAUAACUGGCUUAAAUCUAAAUGUGAAGCAGCCGUAUACUUCAUGAUAUGUAGAUGAUCAAGUGGCUGGGUUUUAUACUGAGUAUGAAGGACUUACCUGGGUGCUGGUGAAGGGUGGUGGGCAUAUGGUUCCACAGUGGAAGCGUCCACAAGCAUGGCACAUAAUCAAUUCGUUUUUAAGUGGUGUUUCACUUUAA